UUCUGCUGACCAGUGUUGGUGUUAGUGCCUUCGUGCACCCCAUCGUCGCAGUUCUUCGUACGUAGCACGUGAAAUGAAAGUUGAAUAUUAGCACUCCUUCAUUUAGUCAAAAGAAGCAAGGAAAAGGCAAGAUUAACCACUAAUCCGACCAAAAAAGGGUCUUCCGUUGUGCUCGCGGACAAAGAAACCAUCCGGACGGGAAUUUUCCGUCGCGUUCAAGUCAGGUCAAGUCCCCAGGAAGCAAUUUCAGUGAGUGGCAGAAAAAGUGUGAGACAAGAAAAAAAUUGCGAAAGGAUUCUCUCUUGUCAUUGACAAAAGGCCGUCAUUUCAGGUCGGAAACAAGACUGGAAAAAAUAGUACGCAAAAAACAGGAUAUAGGGGAAAGAUUAGUGGUGUCUAGAUUACGUGUAACAUAUAAGUGUACAAAAAUCUUCAGGGAUUCGACCAAAAAUCCACAUCGGGGAUAACCAGAACCAGAUUCCAUCACUAUACAAAAAAGCAAGUGCGGAAUCUGGCCUUCGCAUCAGCGAGACUGUCAACGUAGCAGGCAUUGAUUUCUUUCCUGCGAACUCCAGCUAGGAAAAAAAAAACUAGUCGUCACACAAGAACACGCCACUUAACAUACCUGUAACUGCCACGUAACGCAACUCAACCAACAACGCCACUACUGAAAGUACCACUGUUCAACGACUUUCACUGCAAUUGCAACCAACUGUCCUGCCAAGUGAAACUAAAGCAGCGGAUUACGAGUUUUUCUUUAUUUUAUUCUUUUUACCUGUAUAUUUCAUAAGAGAAUUUAUCAGUGCGAUCGGUAUCAGGAAAUCCAGUCUAGUUAUCGUUAGUUGUGAUCUACAUAUUACUAUUUAAGACUCUGGACUCAAACUAGUUGCUCUUAAUCGUCAAAUAGAGACUGGUGUCUAGAAGCGGUAGCAAUGGCGGACACAGUCGAACCGGUAGUCGCUGACCUGCAGCAUCAGCAACCGGAAGAGGACAACAACAAUCAGAUCGACCUGGCUGACACAGUAGCAAAGUUAAGCAUCAACGGCACAGCAACUCACGAUCAGCAAAACAAUAGCUGCGAUGAAAAUGAAGACAACAACAAUCUAGAUACUAGCACUAUCAACAACAACGUCGACGGUAAUCACCCAUCGAUAGGGAAGCGUAUUCGGCGAACUUCUGAAAAGCUAUCAGGCGAUGAACCGGGAGCCCGCAAGAAGUACUCCUUAGAUCAAUUAUUGUCACUGAAAGACACAACAAUCAGCAGAGAAAAGCCCACAACGAUACCGGAUGCAUGUAGGUCUAUAUUGAAGUCAUCGCACAAUCCAAUGAUGGCCUCAAGCAGAAACUUCGGUAAUCAGGAUAACUCACUGCUGCCAACCUUCAUGAGAGGCAUGGAUGGCGGCGGUGGAAUGAUGAACGCCCGACCUGGCCCAAUGAAACGAGCACCAUAUCAGGGUCGGUUAUCGGCCAAGGAGAUGCGAUCUGGAGGAGAUGAUGUAGACAGUGGAAUCAUCAAGGUAAAUUUGAACAUCUCCGAGGACGUCAAACUACGUGAGUGUAGCAACGCUUGGAGACCACGAUUUUUACAGAAACAGGAAGAACUAGACGAAGAUUCCAAGAAAACACAGGAACUGUUCAAGAAAUUCCGUAGCGUCCUGAACAAACUCACGCCAGACAAUUUCAAUGCCUUGGUCGAACAGGUCAAACAGUACGAAAUCGACACAGAAGAACGGUUGGAUGGAUGUAUCAAAAUUUUAUUCGAAAAGGCCAUCAUGGAACCCAAUUUCACCGACACAUACGCCCAGAUGUGUAAGGAACUAGGCACAAUUAUCAAGAUCGAAACCAGCGAUAACAAGCAACCGAACUUCAAGCGUAAGCUGAUCACUCAGUGCCAGAAGGAAUUCGAGAAGCAUCACACUGAUAAGGAAGAGAAUGCUAGCGAAUUGGAGGAAUCGAAAAAGAAAGCCGCCGAAGGUGAGGAAAAAACAGAGGAACUCAACGAACUGCAAUACGAACUGGAAGAGAAGGAUGCCAAGAUCAGACGUCGAGCCAUGGGCACUAUCCGGUUUAUUGGAGAACUGUUCAAACAAGAGCAACUGACUUGUAAAAUUAUGUACACUUGCAUCAAUAUUUUGUUGAGCGAGGAGAUGUUGGAUGAAGAAGCACUAGAGUGCCUUUGCAAGCUCUUGACCACGAUAGGUGGUCGAAUGGAGAAGGACUCCGGCCAAGACUCGCAAAGCUUGCAGUACUAUUUCGAUCGUCUGCAGGAGAUCGCCGACAGAAAGAGCACAAUCCAAGUGAGCAACCGAAUCCGCUUCAUGAUUCUGGACCUAAUGGAUUUGCGGAAGAAUAACUGGCAACCACGCAGGGCACAAGCCGCGCCGAAGACAAUGGAUGAAAUUCAGAAAGAGGUCGAAACCGAAGAGAACAAAAACCGUAUUCUGAACUUUGUGCUGUCGGGCAGUGGUGGCCGCGGCGGCGGUGGUCGUCAGGAUGGCGACCGGCAUCAUCGCUACGACGGAGGCAGUGCUUCCAAGAACAAACAGCGCUUCGUCGACGACGAUGGUUUCGUACAGCCGGUGUCGAAGAAUACGUCUCGCCAACAGUUGCCGAUGUUCGACCCGAAGAAGCUCAACUUGACGCAAAAAUCUCCGGAGGUAACCCGUCUCGGUUCGGCAUCGAUGUUCCAGGGUUGGGGCAAGAACAAUGCCUUUGCUUCGUUGACCGAUGACCAACAACAGCAGCAGCAGCAGAGUUCAGCUGGCCCACCCAGUUUCUUCGGCUCGGGAGGAUUCGGCGGAAGUAGCGGCGGUCAUUCGUCCGGAGGAGGCGGCGGUGGCGGCAGUAAAGGCGGCGGCGGCUACGGAGGAGGGAACAAAAAAUCCGGCGGCGGCGGUGGAGGCGGUGGAAGUGGCAAGAAGCCCAUGUACAAUGGCAGAAACAGCAGUCGCUUCUGAUGAUAGGCCCAGGGUGUGAAUGAUGAUAGGAAUUUCCUGAUUUAGCCGUUUAUUUUCCAAUUUUUGCGUCUUAUUUUGCUGUUAGAUCCAGAAAAUUGAAAUAGGGUAAUUAUUAAACUUUAUACACAUGUUCCCUGAAGAAAAUUCUAGCAAUCGAUCUUCCAAAUGUUAGGGCAGAUUGAGGGCCAAACGCCUUUUUGCAGUAGGACAGGGUGGGAUUCAGUUGAGCUGAUCGACAAUUGCUAUAGUGUAGGUUGCAGCAACACUUUUUUUUACAUAGAAUGCGAUUAUAUUUUUGUUAACAGGUUCUGCUUUUGUUUUCAAGAUUAUAGCUUUUAGAGGGAUAUUUCAUAAUAAUCAAAACAAAACCGUAGUUUUUUCUGUACAUUCAAUCCGAGUUAUCCAACUCUGCACUCAGUUAUUGAAAACGAGUUUAACUAUAUUCUAGCCGGUUUAACACUGUGUUCAUCAGAACUCAAAGUGAUGUAAUAGUAGUGCUUCACUAACGACGCGUAAAAACAGCCAAUAUUACUAACUAAAGUUCCUUUUGCAAUAUUUAGUUCACGGCGCAAGGGUACUGAAACUUCACUAUACAUAUUCCGAGAGUGGUACCAUAGUAGAAGUGCGCCAGCAAAGCAAGUAAUGACCCUAGCACAGAGAUACAGCUAUGGAAAAAGAAAGGUGGAAACGGAACUGGACGUGAAAAGAGAUUAAAGGAAAACGCAUCGUUACAACCAUUGCAACACGAGAAACACUACAACAUAAUAGUCAAGCUAUAACGCUAAUAUAUCGUCAAAAUGAAAUUUAUCACCACAUGAUGUAUAGAUUAAGCUACAAAUGCCUUUAAAACUUCCAACUGAUUAGAUAUCUUAGUAGAUCAAGAUGCAGAGCAGUCAUCAUCCAACCAACGGUUGCUCUUCCUGACGAUAACCAUCGAGGUUAUCAUCAGACCCACGCAAGGAAGUAACUCCAAAUCAUGAUGACGAUUGAUUUUGAAAACAUUGUCGGUAAGUUUGCGGGAAAACGGAACUCUAAGCAUAGGGACAGCGAUAUUAUGUUUAAGUCAUACAAGGCGUUAAUGCUCAAAACAUAUGCAGCAACCGUAUAUAAAUAAAAUGAUGAAAUAGGCGACACAUGGUCGAUUAUGGAAUGAUCGAUUCUUAGGAAAAUAAUUAAUUGCAUAAUAAUAUUAAUAAAGUGGAUAAAACUAAUUUUAAACUUAUUACGAUGUAAAAGUCCAGAGGAGCAGACGCCUCUCUACUGUAACGGUGAACUUACCAGGAAAAUCUUGUGUAUUCUUGCAGAUCAUACAUAGUUAAAAGUGUAAGCAGUUAAAAAAAAAACAACCACAAAAAAAAUCCGUUAUCCCAAAACCCAA